AAAUUGGGUUUUUAGGAAGAAUGAUGUUGACAUUCAAUUUCAAAGUUGGUUUAUGAUGUAAUACAAAAGUGGUGGUUAACAUUAAAAAAAAAAAAAAAAAAAGAUGUCGUUUUACAUUGGUCGCGAGGCUUCUAAGCUAUGGAAGAGAAUUUGUACAGAGACAACAAUAGAGAUCAAUCUUCUUGCCCAAAAUUGGAAAUAUAUUCUUGGUGGUUUGAUAUUUCAGUACAUCCAUGGACUUGGUGCUCGUGGGGUUCAUUACUUACAUCGACCUGGACCAACACUUCAGGAUGUUGGCUUCUUUUUUCUUCCGGAGCUUGGGGCAGACAAAGCUUACAUAAGUGAAACUGUAUUCACCACUAUUUUUCUAUCUUUUGUCCUGUGGACAUUCCAUCCUUUCAUUUUCAAGACCAAAAAGAUCUAUACGGUUCUGAUAUCGUGCAGGGUCCUGGCAUUCUUAGUAGCUUGUCAAUUUCUUCGGAUGAUAACAUUCUAUUCUACACAACUUCCCGGUCCAAAUUAUCACUGCCGUGAGGGUUCAAAGCUUGCCACACUUCCUCAGCCUAAUAGUGUUUUAGAAGUUCUACUACUUAAUUUUCCUCGGGGCAUGCUUUAUGGUUGUGGUGAUUUGAUAUUUUCAUCGCAUAUGAUAUUCUCUUUAGUCUUUGUCCGGACGUAUCAUAAAUAUGGCACACGAAGGUUUAUAAAGCAAUGUGCUUGGUUAGCUGUUAUUGCUCAGAGCUUUUUGAUUGUUGCAUCACGUAAACAUUACACUGUUGACGUUGUUGUGGCAUGGUACACUGUUAAUCUAGUAGUGUUCUUCAUAGACAAAAAGUUACCAGAAUUGCCUGACCGCACUAGUGCAGCCUCAUUGCUACCAGUAAGCAAAGAUAGCAAGACUAAAGAGGAGAAUCACAAACUUCUGAACGGAAAUUCCGGAAAUCCUGAAGACUGGAGGCCUAGAACCCAAAUCAACGGGAUGAUCAUGGAAGAUGGUAACGCGGUCCAUGUUGAAGCUUCGAUGAAUGGUGUAUAGACGAGAAAAUGCAUAGAGGGACAUGAACUGAACCGGAUUGAGGAACUGCUGAUUUCAUUAGAAGUUGGGUUUCAACUUAUUCGUGGUGUUCUUCCAAGUCCGGUAGUUUUGUCUAUAGUGUAGGAUACGAAAUCUAGAUGAUACGCUUUGAAUGCCUCCGCGGACCCUAUGCUUAAAUUUAGUGGCUUUAGUGUAUCAUGGAAUUCGAUUUUUCUUCCAAUAAUGUCAUUAUUCAUGCUCACCAAA